AUGUCCGAAUAUUUGAAACUUUUUUUCGGACUUCCGUUUCUACGACCAGAUGAAGUUGACGAUUGUUUUGUCACAGAUAUUAUGGCUCUUCUUCCACCUAAUAAUUCAAAAUUGACUGCAUUUACAGACUAUAUUUUAGAAGUGUAUGUAAGGGAAGAUUCGAGAUAUCCACCGUCAUUAUGGACUGAAUCUGCAUCUAUUCCUCGACUAGAGCUAAGUGGGGCACUUCUCUUGGCUCAGUUGUCAGCUAAGGUAGCUGACUCUUGGAAUAUUAACUGUGAAACUAUCCAUUUGUGGACUGAUUCAAUGAUAGUGUUGGGGUGGCUAAAUAGUCAUUCAUCGCGAUUAAAAACAUUCGUAGCUAAUCGUGUUAGCCAAAUUCUAGAAAUUACAAAGGCACCGCAAUGGCAUCACGUUGCAACAAAUGAAAAUCCAGCUGACAUACUCUCUAGAGGCAUUACAACGCAAGAGUUACCAGAUGCUACGACUUGGUGGUUUGGUCCACAAUGGUUAUCAGGAGAUACGAUUUCUUGGAGGAGUCAGUCCAUAUUUGCAUUGAUGCCGGAAGAAACACUACCGGAACUUAGACCUGUUCAGUUGAGUUUAACUAUAGUAAAGUUUAAAAAUGGUUUGCUAGAUAGGUAUUCUAAGUGGGAAAAGCUAGUUCGGGCAACUGCUUGGGUUUUGAAAUUUAUUCAGUUUUUAAGAUUAAAAAGAUACAAGCAAGGCUUUGUUAAAUAUCUCACGGUAUCAGAUUUUAGCAAUGCAGAAUGUUGGCUAAUAAGAUGCGCACAAAAAGAUGAGUUUGCAAUUGAAUAUAAGGCAUUAACUGAUAAUAAAAGCGUGUCAAGAAAUAGUAAGUUAAGAGCACUAUCUCCGUUUAUCAGUACAGAUAACUUAAUUGUAGUUGGAGGAAGAUUGCAUAAUUCAACCCUGUCAAAUGAACAAAAACACCCCAUAAUUUUACCAUUUGGCCAUAAGGUAACAAGAUUAAUUUUUGUAUAUUAUCAUGAAAUUUUAUUACACGGAGGACCACAGUUGUUACUAGCAGAAAUAAGACUUCGAUUUUGGCCUAUAAAAGGUAGGAUAGCAGCUCGUUCCACUGCAUUGCGUUGUGUAACAUGUGUUCGUUCUAAACCUAAAUUUGUGCAUCCUAUCAUGGGAAUUUUACCAAGUCCAAGAGUACACCCUUCUAGACCAUUUUCGACAACAGGUGUUGAUUUUGCAGGUCCUUUGAAUCUCAGAAGUGGCAUACGCCGCGUUACCAGCAUUAAAACGUGGAUUGCAGUUUUUGUGUGCUUAGCAACAAGAGCAAUACAUCUAGAGCCAGUAGUAGGGCUUACGAGUAAUGCCUUUUUUGCCGCGCUACGGCGAUUUAUGGCACGGAGAGGAAAAUGCUCAAAAAUAUAUAGUGACAAUGGUACGAAUUUUGUUGGUGUUCAGCGUGAAUUAGCAAACUAUAUAAAAGAUGCCGACUCAAAUAUAGCUCAGGAUGGUAUACAAUGGCACUUUAAUCCACCGGCUGCACCACAUUUUGGUGGAAUUUGGGAAAGUGCUGUAAAGAGUGCAAAGCAUCAUUUAACUAGGGUAGUAAAAGAUUCAAGAUUUACUUUAGAAGAAUUAGGAACCUUACUUUGUCAGAUUGAGGCAUGUUUGAACUCUCGUCCGUUAACACCGUUAAGCCUUGAUGCUCUGGACUUAGAGCCUAUAACACCGGCACACUUUUUAAUUGGUGGACCACUUCUCUUAGUACCAGAACCCGAUUUGUCAAAAGAAAACAUAAAUGCAUUACGGAGGUGGAAAUAUGUGCAGGCCUUAAUGCAAAUGUUUUGGAAACGCUGGUCAAAAGAAUAUUUGCCACAGCUUCAAGUUAGAGGUCGUUGGGUGUCUCAAACUGAACAGAUGAAAAUUGGAGAAAUAGUAAUCAUCAAAGAAGAAUUCACACCACCAGGCAAAUGGAAGUUAGGAAGAGUAACAAAAACGCAUCCUGGUAGUGAUGGGAUUGUACGAGUAGUUACUUUGAAGACAUCAAAUCAUGAUGAGCUAAAAAGACCGGUAGUGAAAUUAUGUCGUUUACCAGUAGAGCCAGAAAACUCUAAUAUUGAAAAAUAG